AUGCGUAGGGAAAGUUCCGAAAGAGCCAAUCGGCCUUUUUGCGCCCACUCCCCUCCCGCAUGCGCGGCGAAGGCGUUUUUGCUUUGGGAAGGGUUGCUCGCCUUUCGCCCGGGGGGUCGCUGUUGCCGCGCUAUGGCCGCGUCCUCUGCUUCGCGUUCCCGCCCGACGUCGUUCCAACCCGUCACUCACCUCAUCUUUGACAUGGACGGCCUCCUUCUGGAUACUGAGCAUCUUUAUACUGUCGUGUAUCAAGAAGUCUGUGGUCGUUUUGGAAAGACCUACACCUGGGACGUGAAAUCUUUAGCAAUGGGUAAAAAAGCAUUGGAAGGAGCAGAGAUCAUUCGAGAUGCCUUAGACCUUCCUAUCACCAAAGAAGAAUUACUGCAAGAAUGUCAAAUUAAACAAGAGAAAUUAUUUCCCACAGCUGAAUUGAUGCCAGGAGUUGAAAAACUAAUCCGCCAUCUACAUCAACACAACAUACCGAUAGCUGUUGCCACUAGCUCGUCUCGAGUGACAUUUGAAAUGAAAACAAGUCGACACAAAGACUUCUUUAAUUUAUUUCAUCAUAUUGUGUUGGGAGAUGACCCUGAAGUGAAGAAUGGCAAGCCAGAGCCUGAUGUGUUUAUAGUCUGUGCAAAGAGAUUUAAUCCUCCUCCACCUCCAGAAAAGUGCCUUGUGUUUGAAGAUGCUCCCAACGGUGUCACGGCAUCCCUGACAGCUGGAAUGCAAGUGGUCAUGAUUCCAGAUGAAAACCUGAGCAAAGAUCUGAGAAAAGAAGCCACACUGGUGCUUCAGUCCAUGAAUGAGUUCAAACCAGAACUUUUUGGCCUACCACCCUUUGAUUGAAAGUCUGCUCCUUUAAAAACCAUUUUGAUGUCAUCACCCUAACUUUUGCCAACUGUUUUAAUCACAUCCUCAGUGUUCACAAUAAAAAAAAAAUUUGAUAAUAGAUUUAUUCAGAUACGAAGACGCAAGCGUCCUUCUCAACGACCUACUUUUUUUUGUGGGGAGAGCAACCCCAUAUGCUGCCAGACAAUUUCACUGUGAUCCUAUGUUGCUUUCGAAGGAGUCUUUAGUGCCAGACAAAUCUUUAGAUUUGCAUGUAAAUACCUAUAUGUUUCCUGUCUGAAAGGGCUCCAAAUUGUAUGUGUUGCUCUUAUUUGGUAUCCCAUCCACGUUUCUGCAGUCUUUAGCCUUUGACUUGAAUGAUCCAGUACAAAAGACUAGAAGAUCUCAAGCCAGCCAUCGAGUUGUAAGACUGCAGGCAGAACCCUGUUAAUUUUUAUUUUUGUGCUGUGUCUUUAGGUGCUUUUAAGUAAUUGACCUAGUCACAUUACACAGGGAAUCGCUACCAAUCCAGCCAUAGAUUUCUCUCAUUACUGCUCUUUCUUUUCCUAAAACUGAUGAUGUUCUUCUGCUAACAGGCAAUGUGCAGUUGUUUUCACAGGGCUUUUGCCCUUUUGUCUUUCCUUUCAUUGCCAGAGAUAGAAAGAACAUCUCUUGCAAGCUUCAGGGGAAGUCUUUGCUCUUGAGAUUCUUCUAAGUGCGGCAGCAAUCCUUCCUCCUCCUCCUCUCAGCUUACUGUCUUGCCUGAUUAACCCUUCCUGAUGAAGUCAUGACAGCUUCCUUUGUUCAGAUUCAACUCGCUGGAUGCUGUUUCCUUUUGCUAUUUUCUCUGAGGUUUCCAUGUGAAUUGUACCUUUUGAGUAUGUUCACGGCAUAUCUAGGGGUGGUAUCUUCAGAAUUGCCUCUAGAAAACCAAGUUGACUGUACUGUACUGCGCUGCACUGAUCUGUGUCCAGAUUUGGAGGGGUGGAAUUAUCUGAUGUGAAUAAAUUUGUUCAUUGUA